AUGUGCCGGUUCCUGCUAUAUGUGGGCGUGGACCCGUUGACAGUGGCCGAGGUGGUGACCCAGCCACGGCACUCGCUCUGUCGGCAGACGCUGUGGUCGGCCCAGCUGGUCACGGGCUUUGCCGUCCAUCUCGAUGGCUGUGGGCUCGGAUGGUACUCGCUCCACGAAGAUGACCAGUUGCCGUGUGUGUUCACCUCCAUGUCACCGGCCCACAACAACGCCAACUUGCAUCGCCUCGCCAAGGCCACCCGAUCGCGCAUGUUCAUGACCCAUGUCCGCUCGGCAACCACGGGCUCGCUCUCCGAGGCCAACUGCCAUCCGUUUGCCGCUGGCAAGCUCCUCUUCAUGCACAACGGAUCCGUGGGUGCAUUUUCCGCAGGUGUCAAGCGCAAGCUGCUUGCUUCGCUCAGGGACGAUAUCUACGGCGGCAUCCUCGGAUCCACAGACUCGGAGCACAUCUUUGCCCUCUUCCUCAACACCUUUCCGCAGGGCACAGACUUUGAUCACCUCGAUCUGGUCCCGGCCGACUUACUUGCCGCCCUCUACGAGACGGUGGCCCAGCUGAAUGCAUGGGAGGCCGAGGCUGCCGCAGACCGUGGCGUAGACUUUGUCUCUUACCUCAACAUCGCCAUCUCGGACGGAACAACCUCGGUCGCCACUCGCUAUGUCUCGCGCAACGGGGUCAUGUCUGACUCGGACCCGUCGGUCUCGCUCUACUUUGCCACUGGUUCGCGCAUUGCCUCUGUCCCUGCGCCAGACGCCAAGCCCGGUGAUGCGCUCACCGACUGCACCAUGGUGACCGAGAACAAGACGCCGUCGCUGGUUGUCAUUGCCUCGGAGCCGCUGUGGGACUCGGACGACUGGCUGGCAGUUCCGCAGAACACAGCCAUGGUCGUCACCUCGCAGAUCGACGGUCCUUCCCGCUCCGGCUCCACCCGCAUCUUUUCCGAGUCGCACAACUGGAUCGAUGCCACUCCACCGACCUCGCCACUCUCUGCUGCCGCCGGCUCCUUUGCCUUCCCGCCCGCUCUGCUCGGCUCGCCGGUGGGUCUCGGAGUGAGCGGCGCCGCCGUCGUCGAUCCACUCGACCCACUCGCCGGCUUUACCCUCCCGCAACAUACAACAUGUAUGGUACUCGCCGAGCUUGCCGACAAAGCUGCUGUCGCCGCUGGUCUCUCAAACGGCGACAUCCGCAUCUUUGACACAAGCUCGUAUCAGCUGGCUGUCACGCUGACGGGCCACGUCCGCGCCGUCACUUCGCUGCUCUUUCUCCAAGACUCGGAUCUGCUGCUGAGUGGCUCGGCCGACACAUACAUUCGUGUGUGGCAAGCUUCGCCUCCGCAUGCCUGCUUGGGGCUCUUUAACUCGCGAUCCGGGAGCGUCAUCUCACUCGCCGUCGCCCCGGACGCCGGCCUCCUCUACGUCGGCAUGCACGAUGGAUUCAUCCGCUCACUUGUCCUUGACGAUCUCCUGGCUGCGUUGAGCGAAGAGAGCCCCAUCCCGGUGUCAAUGGAUGCAGUGGCGGCGGCAGACAAUCCGAUUCCACUCAUUCGCCAGCCGUUGCGGCUCCACCCGCCUCCGGCACCUUCACCGUACGCCGCCGCGGCCAGUGAGAGUGCAACUUGCUCUGCAUCUGUGUGCACUCCGUGUGAGCGGCCAGUUCAUGCCACCGCCAACUCGAUGCACCGCGGGAGCGUACUAUGCAUGGCGUACGAUGCAGGCGCUGCGAGGCUGUACUCGGGUACUGCCACAGGUUCCAUCUCGGUCUGGACGUCGCCGGCGCUGCAGCAUCGCGAAGCACUGCUCGAGGGCCAUGCGUCAUCGGUGCUGGCCAUGGUGCUUGAACCUGGCCGUCGGCUCUUUUCAGGCGCAUCUGACACCACUAUUCGGGUCUGGGAUCUGACAUUUCCUGGUCCGCCGUUUUGCCUCCGGGUCCUCUCGCGGCACUCGUCGGCAGUGGUGGCGUUCGCCAAGUGCGCCGACAACCUGGUCUCGAUCGGAAGUGGCGGAGAUGUUUGCGUUUGGAGCCUCGGCUCGCUCGCCUGUCUGCGACUUGUCCACGUCCCGCACGAACCACUCUAUGGACUCAUGCUCGGCUCGACGUUGUGGAUCGGCGCUGCCAACGCACGAUGUGCCGUGUAUGACCUCGUGCGACAUACUGGGGCGGUAUCGCUGGUCGAGAGCCCCGCCGCCAGCUCAUGUGCGCCGCUGCUCGACCAGCUCGGCGCAAGCGAGGUUGUCACGACCGAGGCGCUCAUUGCGAUGCUUGGCGAGUUUGUGGCCCACGCAUCGGUCUCGGGCUCCCCAGCACGUGCAUCGGCAUGCCUAGCGGCGGCGCGGCACAUGUCAGACGCGCUGCUUGCACUCGGAGCGGACGUCCGCAUUGUGCCAAACCCGACCUCGCCGCGACGAAAUCCGAUUGUGCUGGGGCGGAUCGGGGCCGACCCGUCCAAGCCGACGCUCGCCUUUUACGGACACUACGACGUGCAGCCGGCAUCGCCCGACAACGGGUGGGAGAGCGACCCGUGGACGCUCACCCCGCGCGACGGGUAUCUGUACGGGCGCGGAGCGUCAGACGACAAGGGGCCCAUUGUGGCCUUUCUCGCGGCUGUGGGCGAGCUGGUGGCUCACGCCAAGUGCGGCUCACUGCCAAUCAACGUCGUCUUUGUGGUCGAGGGCGAAGAGGAGUCAGGCUCGGCCGGUCUCCGCGAGGCAAUCGAGGCCAACAGCGAGCUCCUGGGUGGCGUCGACUACGUCCUCCUCUCAAACACGUACUGGGUUGGCGACCAGGCGCCGUGCCUCACCCUCGGCAUGCGCGGGGUCAUCCACGUUGCGCUGACCGUCACUGGCCCGCCGCGCGAUCUGCACUCGGGCGUCGACGGCGGAGCGGUCCGCGAGCCGCUGGUCGACCUUGUCCACGUCCUGGACGGCUUGUUUGAGGACGGCAACACACGAGUGGCGGUACCCGGCUUUUACGUCGACGUGACCGAGACCGCGCUUGACCUCAACGUCCACGACUUUGACCUCGACCGCUACCUGGACGAGAUUGGCGUGGCGCCCGGGGACCGCGACGCCAACACCGAGUCUGUGCUCCAGCGGCGGUGGCUCCUGCCGUCGCUCUCGGUCCACGACGUCCAGGGCUCGUUUACCGGUUCGGGCGCGUCGUCGGUCAUUCCGCGACGGGCGACGGCCAAGGUCUCGAUGCGGAUUGUGCCGGACCAGAGCAUCGACACUAUGAUUGCGCGGCUGCAGGCCCACGUCGACGCGGUCUUUGGCGAGUUGAACUCGACCAACAGUGUGGCCGUCAAGGUGGUACAGGCCGGAAAGUGGUGGUCGGCGGAUGCCGAGUCGCCGCUCUACGGCCUCGCAGCAGAAGCGGUGGAGGAGGUCUGGGGCGCUCCGCCGCUCUUUGUCCGCGAAGGCGGCUCCAUUCCGGUCGUGCCGUACCUCGAGGAGACGCUGGGUGCGCCAGCGCUGCACAUCCCGAUGGGCCAGGCGUCGGAUAAUGGCCAUCUCGCGAACGAGCGACUCCGGGUCACAAACCUCGUCAAUGGCAAGCGAAUGUUCCGCCGGGUCAUGGAGGGCCUUCCGAGCCUCGGCAAGGUAAAGACGACCGCAUCGUAG